AUGGCUACCCCCAGUGUUCUUACCUUUGAUACUGAGGGUCGUGUUGUUGACUUUGAGGUCUGGAUCGAUGACCUCCAGCUGUUCCUCCAGUGCGAUAGGGCAGACGGACUCUCUCUGUUCGAUCUCACCUCUAGUGCCUCCCUUGCCCCGCCUGCUACUGCUGACAGCACUGUUCGCUCACAGUGGGCCACACGCAAUGCUGCUGCCCGUCUUGUUGUGCGUCGCCACUUACCGACCACUGAGCUCACCCGGCUCCCUGACUCCCUUCGCUUAGUCAGGAACCACUUCCUCUCAGUCUGCCCCACCACACUCACCGUUAACCUCCUCGAGGAGCGCCUCCUAGCAGCAGAGAAGAGCAUAGUCGCUGUAAGAGCCUCUCGUGGUGACCCUCGCACCCCCGUCUUUGAGAAAUGUUCCCCUUCCCCCCUCUUGCCCUCUGUUGCUUCUGCUGCUGCGGCCGACCACGUUGGUUUCGAGUCAGUAGGCGCUGCGUCUAACCCUAGCGGGAGACGCCGCACCGGCAAGGGCAAGGGGGGCAAGGGCGCUCGAGGGGCUGGCGGGGGCGGUGGAGGUGGUAGAGGAGGCAGUGGAGGGGGUGGGGGAGGUAGUGGGAGUGGUGGCGGGGGUGGAGGUGUCGGUGGCAGCACUGGAGGCGGAGGAGGCGGCGGCGGUGGCGGAGGGAGCGGAGGCGGCGGAGGCGGCGGAGGUGGCGGAGGCGGCGGAGGUGGCGGAGGCGGCAGUGGUGGAGCUGGUCGCGGCUCUACGCAGAAGAGUGGGUCUGCUGGUGGUCACCGCCAGCAGCAGCAGCGCGGUCGUGAGACCCUGUCCCCUCAGCAGCUUCGUGAGUGGUACGCUGGGCGUCAGCGAGGUGGAGGUACUAGUCACUGCACCUACGUCCUCCGUAUAGGCGACCGUGCUGGUGAGCAGUGUGGGGGCCCGCACUCCACCCAGCGCUGCUUCAGCCGCCUGACGGACGCGUGGCGUCACGAGUUCCCUGAGGCCUCUGAGAUCCCUCGCUGGGACGUUCUGACCCGGGCAUUGACGCUGCUGCUCUAG